AUGGCUUUUGCUAAGCAGCAGAUCGAUUAUAUACUAGGGAAAAACCCAGAAGGAAGAUCAUACAUGGUUGGAUUUGGCAAGAACCCACCAACACAAGCGCAUCACAGGGGAGCUUCAGUCCCAAAAACGAUAGUAAACUCAAACGUGAGUUGUUCAAUGAGCUUUGUUUAUUUGUACUGUAAAGAUGAGCCAAACCCUAAUGAGCUAACAGGAGCCAUUAUUGGAGGACCAGACCAAUAUGAUCGAUUUAGUGACAAACGUUGGAAUUCAUCAAACACUAAGCUAUGCUGUCAUAGUAAUUCAGUGGCAGUCGGCGUCUUGGCUAAACUUGCAGCUUCACCAUAG